AUGCGCCAACGCAGUAACGCCGCCACCCACGCCGCCUCGCUACGAACACCACCACGAGGCCAAGAGGACCGGAGAGAAGCUCACCACGACGGGAGCAGCAACAUCGACGCCGAGCGGGAGGGAACCACCUCCACCGCCGUCGUGCGGGAGGCCCGUGCCUCCGGCACCGUCGCGGUAGCCGUCCAGACGCGGCAGCGGGGCAUGCCGGGCCACCCCUGGCCCAGCCAGGCCCGAAGCGGGACCGUUAAGCCCCGCCGGCCGCGAUGCAGCAGGCCGGCGUCGUCGCCGCCGUCACCCAGCCACGCGUCGCAUCUCCCCCGCCUCCCAGAAGCCACACCGGAGCCAUCCCCGCCGCCGGCCCGCCCAGGCCCAGAUGGGACCCAAAGGGCCCAGAUCUGGGCCGAGUGGACGACGCCAGAUCCCGCCGCCGCGCCGCCCCGCCGCCAACGGCGGCGGCGCCGCCCAGUUGCUCGCCUGCAUGCGCCACGGAGCCCCGCCGCCACGCCAGACCGCCGCCGCCUAGAUGCACCCCCCGGAGCCGCUCCGCCCGUGCCGGAGAGCGACCGGGAGGGGAAGGGCCAGGAGGCCGCCGCCACCAGCAGCCCCAGGGCCAAGCCGGCCGCGGGCGCUGGCGACGGCGGCUGGCUACAGAUGACAUGGCAACAAGAUAUAGUGCAGGCCCUACCAUUGACUUGCUCUACUAUAUGGAUGAUUGGUGUCAACAUAGAAGAAAAGAAGCAUCAUGAGGUGAAACUGGGAAGUCAUGAAGCUGCUAGAUGUACAAAUGGAGCUGAAAAUGUACUAUCAAGAUCCUGGUUGAAGAAAGUUAUUUUUCGGCUGACUGCAGUGUUCGUGGUCAUGCGGUGA